AUGUAUGUGGUUCUGAACAAGCGUGAACAAUGUGAUGCCCGACAGCACAACGAUUUUAACAAAUACCAAGCAAGUCUCAUCUUUACAGGAAUAUAUACUUUGGAAGUAAUUAUUAAGGUACUGUCCCGAGGCUUUGCGCUGCACACAUUUUCAUACCUCAGGAACCCUUGGAACUGGUUGGACUUCACGGUAGUUUUGUUGGCUUAUUUGACGCUGGCAUUUCCAACAAUUCCUGGACUUUCAGCAUUAAGAGCUUUCCGAGCUCUUAAGAUGAUUGCAAUUUUACCUGGGCUCAAGACUAUCAUUGGUGCUAUAUUCAAGUCUGCUAGGCUGCUAAUGGAAGUCCUUCUUCUCAUGAUGUUUGUUCUCCUAAUAAUUGCAUUGUUUGGACUUCAAAUUUUCAAAGGCGUUCUGACACACAAGUGUAUAAAAAACAUGGAACCCAGGGUUAACAUUACUCAUGCGGAAUGGGAAAACUAUAUUCAAAACAAAUCUAACUGGCUUGUUAUUGAAGAUGUCGAUACAAUGGUUUGUGGAAAUGGAACAGGUACUGGGAGAUGCCCCACAAACUUUACAUGUCUCCCGGGCAUUGGAUUCAAUCCAAACAAUGGGUACACAAAUUUUGACAAUAUUGGAUGGGCAUUAAUCACAGCCUUUCAACUCAUCACACUUGACUACUGGGAAAAUACAUAUAACUUGGUGCUACGUGCUAGUGGAGCCUUUUACAUUAUAUUCUUUAUAGUGGUCGUCAUGUUUGGUGCUCACUACAUCGUAAAUCUGGUGCUAGCAGUUGUGGCAGCUUCCUAUGAAAAGGAAGCCAAAAGGAAACAAGAACUGAAGGAAGAAGAGGAACGGAUUUUGGGAUUAAGGCGACGAAAAGCACUAGCGCAUAAAAAAGGAAGUAAUCUUAAUCCAAAGGAAAAGUUUCGUCAGUGUGGGAAAAGGCUGACUCGAGGUUUUUCAAUGGAGUCUGUAAUAACAUGGGCAACAGAAGUUUCCCAGCUCGAUGAAGAAGAGGAAAAUAAUAGACAAAAGAAUUCAAGGUGCUAUUCUUUCAAAAAAAGACUGAAGCAAAAGUUUUGCUCUUGGACCUGUUGCCCAUCAUUUUUAAGACUGCAGGAAUAUUUAGUGAUCCUUGUUUCACACCCACUUUUUGAAGGGGUGAUUACUAUCUGCAUCCUAAUAAAUACUCUUUUGCUGUCAAUAGACUACCAUCAAGCACCCUAUUCGCAUGCCCUAGAAAGUGGAAACACUGUUUUGUCAAUUAUUUUUAUAAUAGAAGCUAUUCUGAAGGUGACUGCACUAAAUCCUAUGCCCUACAUGAGAAAUGGAUGGAAUGCAUUUGACUUUAUCAUUGUUCUGCUGACAUGCUUGGAAUGGAUACUUUCCACAGUAAAUAUUCCAACACUUAAACUAUCCAUGAUACGAUCACUGAGAAUGCUUAGAGUCUUCAAACUAGCAAAAAACUGGAAAACACUGAACACAUUGAUCAACAUCAUAUUCAAAUCUUUAAAAGAGAUGGGAAAUCUGACACUUAUCGUCAUCAUCGUGAUUUAUAUAUUCACUGUAAUAGGAAUGCAACUUGUUGGACAUGACUAUGAAAAUAAAGUAAGCAUAUUAAAAAGCAACAAAAUACCCAGAUGGAACUUCAGAGGCUUUUAUAAUUCCUUUAUAAUGGUCUUUCGAAUUUUAUGUGGAGAAUGGAUUGAACCGUUAUAUGAUUGUAUGCGCUGUUCAAAGAUGUAUUUUUGUCUACCACUAUUCCUGCUUACAUACAUAGCUGGAAACUUUCUGGUGUUAAAUUUGUUCUUGGCUCUUCUUCUCAAUUUCUUUUCUGGGGAUACACUAACUGCAAACAAAAAGGAAGAAAAAACAACUUCAUAUAAAGAUUAUAUUAAGAGCUUCCUGCUUUUGCUAACAUGCCAAAAACGAACUAAGUCAUCUUUGGGUAAAGUACAGCCAGAUGAUCAAAAGGAUAUUUCAGAAACAGACAAUGCUCGCUCUUCUAAUAAUGUCCCUUUACCAGAUUGCAGCAUGAAACAUCAGACGAGUAUGCAAAAUGAAAUUAACUUAUCAAGCACUGUUGAGUCAACAGCUUUUCCAACACUCUCAAAUAGUGCUGAGCUCCCUUCAAUGGGCACAAAUCAUGUGCCUACCAUCAGUGCUAUGUGUGAUCCAGCUAUUGGUGGACGGAAGUAUGAAAAUGGAUCGGCAGUCUUGAUGCUCGAGACAGUGGAGGAAGUGCAGCAGGAGGUGGAACGAGAACUCAAUCAUCCAUAUGAGGACACAAGUUGCCCAGAAAUAGCAGAGCAGUCCAAUGAUAAAUCCGUUAAUGAAGAUAAUAAAACAGAUGGUGAGAACCCUCCAUGCUCCAUUGGAGAGGAAGGCAUGGAGGACGAAGAACAAAAAACAGAAGUCAAAACAAUGCAGCCUUGCUUGCCAGCCAUUUGCACUGAAAAAUGCAUUUGCUGCAAUGUACUUAAAACGACAUUCUUGGGAAAACUCUUCCUUUCACUGAGAACACUGAUGUUCAAAGUGGUGAACAAUCGAGUGUUUGAUGGGAGUGUACUGUUUGUCAUACUUUUGAGUACCAUGACACUGACUUUAGAUGAUAAAUACUUACAAAAAGAUGCAAAAGUCCAGCUGGCACUGCGGUACCUGGAUUACUUUUAUGCCUUCUUUUUCAAUUUUGAAAUGAUUGUUAAAGUGCUAGGCCUUGGUCUUACUGACUAUUUUACAAAUGUCUGGACGUUACUGGAUUUCUUCCUUGUUGUGGUAAGUUGGCUCAGUAUGUUAGGCAACAGCAUUCAAGCCUUCAAAUCAUUGCGAUCUCUCAGAACACUGCGUGCUUUGAGGCCUCUGCGAGCCAUUUCCCGUUGGGAAGGAAUGAGGCUUGUUGUUAACGCUUUGGUUGCUUCAAUACCAUCUAUUUCUAAUGUCAUGUUCGUAUGUCUUGUGUUCUGGCUGAUAUUUGGCAUUGUUGGUGUUCAAAUCUUUGGUGGAACCUUCUUUCAAUGUGUGGAUCAAAAUAACGACCGUCUUCCCAUUAGCAUUGUCAAUAAUCGAUCUGAAUGUGAUGCAUAUCAAGAUAUUGGAUACCAAUGGGUCAACCCCAAGAUUAACUUUGAUAAUGUAUUAGCUGCUUACAUGGCUCUCCUGCAGGUGGCAACAUUUGAGGGCUGGCUAGAAAUUAUGGCAAAUGCUGCUGACACUCGUGGGAUUGACCUUCAGCCCGAAAUGGGUGCAAACCCAUACAGCCUCUUCUAUUUUGUAGCUUUUAUUGUAAUUGGAACUUUUUUCACACUGAAUCUUUUCAUUGGUAUAAUUAUUGAUAACUUUAACACGAUGCAUAAAAGGUCACGAAAAGAAGGAGCUUUAGUUACAGUUCUAACUGAAGAUCAAAGAAGGUUUUAUGGCACACUUAAGCGUCUGUUUAAGACUAAACCAGUCAAGAAAAUUCCAACUCCUAAGCUGAGCAACCAUUUUACUUUUGCUCACAAGGAGGAUACAUUGAGCUUUGUCUUUUCCCAGCAGCAAUUACUUAAAACCAAAAAAUUAAACAUGAUGUAUGCAUUUCAGCUCCGAAUUAAACAAAACCUGGUAACACUUGAGGCUUAUUAUUUAUACUCAGACUCUGCUGAAGUGAUGCCAAAGGGCAUGUCUGCCAAAAGGAUUAAAAAGUUCAACUUUGAUGUAUUUCUGAAGCCUUUCACAAAUUCAAAAAUAGUCUACCUCUCUAUAUUUCUUACCAAAGUGAAAAACCUCACACUUUCCCACAUUGUAUUCCAGAAUGUGAUUCUUUACAAGUUCUACAAGUUAGUGAGCCAUAGAUGGUUUGAACCAUUCACCAUUUUCUUAAUAACAUUGAAUGUGCUGGUGAUGGCAUGUGAUCACUAUGGACAGACAAAACGAUUUGCCUUAGUUUUAAAUUGGUUCAAUGUAAUAUUUGCAGCUCUAUUUACAGUUGAAGCAAUUUUAAAACUGUUAGGCCAACGCCAAUACUAUUUCACUCAAGCCUGGAAUAUCUUUGAUUUUCUAGUCGUCGUUCUUUCCCUUGUAGGAAUUUUGUUGGAUUCAUCCGCAUCCAAAAAGCAAGGUGUUUCUCCAACUAUUUUACGAGUGUUCCGAAUUGUAAGACUGGCACGGUUGUUGAGGUUGGUUAGAUCCUUGAAAGGGAUUCGGAAGUUGCUCUUUACGUUAGUGAUAUCAAUCCCGGCUCUUUUCAACAUCGGCCUGCUCCUCGGCCUCGUCAUGUUCAUUUAUUCAAUAUUGGGGAUGAGUUUGUUCCGAGACCUUCCGAGAGAAUCACCGAUAAACGACAUGGUAAAUUUCGAAACUUUCGGAAACAGUAUGAUGCUUCUGUUCAGACUGACAACAGCCGCCGCUUGGAAUGAGAUUCUUCACGUAAUGAUUAACUCCCCUGUUCAGCGUCAGUUUGUAUCGUUCACCUACAUGACAUCGUACAUAGUGGUCGCGUAUAUCGUGAUAAUCAAUAUGUACGUCGCUGUCAUUUUAGAAAACUUUCACGAAGCCCAAGAGCAGGAACUCGCCGGGGUGACAGAUGAAGACGUGGACAUGUUUUACGAGGUCUGGAGCAAUUAUGAUGUGAAGGCCACACAAUUCAUCACAUAUGACCAACUCUCGGAUUUCCUAAAUGAACUCAAAUCUCCUCUACGAAUACCAAAACCUAACGCAGUGAAAAUUGCGGCUCUCAACCUACCAUUAUCUAAUGGUAACAAGCUGCACUGUCUGGAUGUGCUGGAAGCUCUCAGUGCUGUAAUCGUUGGCAAAGUAACGGAGUCAGAGCCCCUCAAGAAGCUCAAUGGGGAAGUUUAUAAAAUGUCAGUGAAAGUAUUCCCCAUUCGGAACACUUUGGAAACGAUCACGACCACAUUAAUGAUACGAAAGGAAUUCAAGGCUGCUUUAACCAUCCAGAAAGCAUUUCGAAAGUGGAAAUUAGGUCAAACACAUACAACAGCCAAAAAGAAACUUGAAAGAUCUUUGAGCUCCUUGAGAAAAUCACUACGAAGUCUCCGUUCCAGCAGACCGACCUCUCCCUUAACAUGA